AUGGCAGGUGAUAAGAAUGUACCUGAGGAACAGAUUAAGCCAGCAAAUGGGAAUAAUGAACUAGAAGUGCAUAGUAAAUUAGAUCCUAACCACGCAGAUGAAGAAUCCAACAAACACCAAACAGAAGACAACAACGAAGAUGAAAAAGAGGCAGUAAACGAUCAUGAGCAUGAGAAUGAUCAUGUCAAAGAAGAAAACGAUGAUUCAGACCCUGAAUUUGAACAAGGAUAUAUAGACAAUACACAAGAUCCAAGUGCGUCCAAUAAGGACUAUGCCAAAUUAUUUGAAAAGUAUCAAGAUCGAUUCUACAGAGUAUACUCAGUGUCACAGAAAUUAUUUCAGAAUGAAAUAUCGCAAAGACAAACUUUAAACUUUUACCAAAGAAGGAAUAAUGCAUUGAUUGAUUUACUAGAUAAAUUUGAAUCGAAAGAAUCUAUAGCGCCAGCCACUGACCAAGCCUUGCCUGAUGAAGACAAAUCAAGAAUAGAGAACUUAAUAGCAAUGAAUCCGAAAUUACAAAAAGUAUUGGGCCCGUUGUUAACAAUUGACGACCCCGAUCAACAAUUCAAAGAAACACAUAAAAUUAAUCUCUUUGUUAACGAAGCAAUACCCGAUUUGAUCAAUGAUGAUAUGAGUAGUUUUGAACUUAACCCCCAAGAUAUUGAGCCUUGGGUAAGGAGACACUAUCCGAACUUGGUGAUAUCCAAAUACAAACCAUUAAAAAUAAGUGGUAAUAAAUUUAAAGAAACCAUUGACACUGGAUCAACCACAGCGACUAAAAGGAAACGAAAACUGUCGAAAGAAGAUGAAAAUGAUGAAGAUCCACAAUCUAAAAAACCUAAAAAAUAA